CUAGGUCAGAACCCAGAGUAUGCAGGUCGUCUGGUGUAUAAUGGAGAUAAGAAGAAAGACUGUACCCUGAGAAUCACAGACCUGAGAGAGAGAGACUCAGCUAUAUACAAGUUCAGAUUAUUAACAGAUCAGGAAGGAGGGACAUUUACUGGCAAACUUGGAGUACCUUUGUCUGUCACAGGUCUUCAGGUGAAGGUGACUGGUGGACAUCAGGAUAAGACACUGACCUGUAGCACCACCUGUACUCUGACUGACAACCCCACCUACAUCUGGUACAAGAACGGACAACAUAUAAAUAAGCCCACUUCCCAUCAAUACUCUGUCAAUAAUUAUUUUUCAGCCAGUUACUCCUGUGCUGUAAAAGGCCAUGAGGAUCACCACUCUCCUGCAGUGUGUGUUGUGGGUGAGAGCUGUAUGAAUGUGACUUACACCCAUCAGAGUAUCUGUGCUUUGAAAGGGUCAACAGUGGACAUAUCCUGCUUUUACACACAUCCCAGUUGGCAUAACGUCACAGAAGUGUCCUGGUUCAACAAAUGGGAGUCUGGUGUCACUAAAGACCUGAGCCUGAACCCAGAGUAUGCAGAUCGUGUGGAAUACCAUCGACAAACAGAAAAGGACUCCACCCUGAGAAUCACAGACUUGAGAGAAAGUGACUCAACUGAGUACAAGUUCAGAUUUACAUCUGGUAAGGCAAGAUGGGGGUACAGCUUCCCUGGAACAACUCUGUCUGUCACAGGUCUGCAGGUGAAGGUGACUCCUGCUGCAGAGGGACAGAAGACACUGACCUGUAGCACCACCUGUACUCUGACUGACAACCCCACCUACAUCUGGUACAAGAACGGACAACGUCUAGAUGAGCCCACUUCCCAACAAUACUCUAGUAAUACCCUAGUAGUGUUGGGUCAUUCUGUGGACAGUUACUCCUGUGCUGUAGAACACCAUGAGGACCUCCACUCUCCUGCAGUGUAUGCUCCAAAGAACCCCUCAGUGUCAGUCAAUACAAAAUUACUUUUCAAGAUAAAUCUUAAUAAUUAUACUUUGGAUUAUUUCUCUUCUGUUAAUAACUACAGGUUUGUUUAUAAAAUCCCCAAGUAUUAACAAGUAU